AUGUUGAGAAAUCCAACAAGAUUCUUAGGAAGAGCUUUAUUAACAAGUGCUCGUACUUCCUUACGUAUACCAUCUACAUCCAUUUCCAGAGUAGGUGCCACCAAAUUUCAAUCCAUUAAAUUCUAUUCCACCCACAAGAAACAUGCAGAUAAGAAAAAGGAUGAAGGACCUCAAAGUAUCUUAACCGAAGAUAUGUUAGCCAGAGCCGGAUUUGAAGAUAUUGAAGCCAAUAAAGAAUCCAAGACUACAGAAUCAGCUGAAACUGAAGAAUCAGGUGAUGAAAAAACAAAGAGAAAGAGAAGAAGAGCACAAACUUCAAAAGAUAUACAACGUGAAAGAUAUGCCAAUAUGUUUUAUUUAUUGAGUUUGGUAGGUGGGAUAGCUGGUGUUGGAUAUAUGUCCAGAGAUUGGGAUUCUGACAAAGAACAAGAAGAAAUGGAUGGUAAAGAUAUUGAUAAUGGAUAUACUCCACAAUUAAUGUAUGGUAGAUUAAACAAGAGAUUAGGAUCCUUAUUUACAUUUUUCUCCGAACCUGCUUUUGAAAAUUUAUUACCACCACCUGCUCCAGAAGCAUAUCGUCGUCCAUUAACUUUGGUUUUAACUUUGGAUGAUUUAUUGAUUCAUUCAAAUUGGGAUACUCAACAUGGUUGGAGAACUGCUAAAAGACCAGGAUUGGAUUAUUUCUUGGGUUAUUUAUCUCAAUAUUAUGAAAUUGUUAUCUUUUCAUCCAAUUCUCAAAUGUAUUCUGAAAAAACUGUUGGAAAAUUAGAUCCUUAUCAUGCCUACGUUUCUUAUGCCCUUUUUAGAGAAGCUUGUCGUUAUAAGGAUGGGAAAUUGAUUAAAGAUUUAUCAUUAUUGAAUCGUGAUUUAGCCAAGACUGUUAUUGUUGAUGUUGAAGAAGAUACUGUUUCUUUACAACCUGAAAAUGCCAUUGUUGUUAAUAAAUGGGAUGGUAAAGCUGAUGAUUAUUUAAUUUCUUUAAUUCCAUUUUUGGAAUAUUUAGCUACUCAACAAUUUGCUGAUGUUAGACCAAUUUUAAAUACUUAUAAAGAUAAAUCUAAAAUUGUUGAAGAAUUUGCUGAAAGAGAAAAGAAAUUAAGAGAACAAUGGAAUAAAGAUCAUAAACAAGCUGGACAACCAAAUGCAGCCAAUUUUAUUGCUAAAUUAUUAGGUGUUCCACAAGUUGGAUCAAAGCAAUCAAAAAUGCCAUUGGAUUUAAUUAGAGAACAUGGUCAAUUACAAUAUGAACAUUUCCAAAAUUAUUUACGUGAAAAUGCUCAUAAAUUUUUGGAAGAAGAACAAAAAUUAAAAGAUGAAUUUGGUAAAGUUACUUUAAAUAAGUUGAUUACUGAAGGUGCUCCAUCUGCUGAAGAUAUUGCUAAAGCUCAAGCUGAAAGAGCUAAAGCUGCUGCUGGUGAAAAUUAG